UAAAGAAAAAAAAAAACUCAAAAAAAAAAAAGAUAAAUAAUGUCCAACGUUCAAUACGUGAAUUCGAAAGCCGAAGUAUUAAGAAAAUUUCAAGCCUUAGCAAUGAAUAUUCAUGCUUCAAUAGGUCUCUAAGAAGUAAUGAAGACAAAUUUAGGUCCCAAAGGAACAUUAAAAAUGUUAGUAGGAGGAGCUGGUUAAAUUAAGUUGACUAAAGACGGAUCUGUAUUAUUACAUGAAAUGUAAAUAUAACAUCCCACAGCUGCCAUGAUUGCUCGCUCAGCUACAGCCCAAGAUGAUAUUUGUGGAGAUGGAACUACAUCUAAUGUAUUAUUCAUUGGAGAACUGAUGAAAUAAGCCUAAAGAUUAAUCUAAGAUGGAAUUCAUCCUAGAAUAAUUACAGACGGAUAUGAAGCUGCAAAACAUGAAACUCUCCGUUUUUUGGAUGAAUUUAAAGUUUCUUACAACGAUGAUUAGAUAGAUAAAGCCCUUCUCUUAGCAGUAGCAAGAACAUCCUUGAAUACAAAAUUAAGUCCUGAAAUUGCUAACUAAUUAGUAGAAAUAAUAGUCGACUCAAUUUAUUGUAUUAGAAAAUCUGAAAGGCCUAUAGAUCUUCAUAUGGUAGAAAUUAUGCAUAUGGUACACAAGUUAUCUACUGAUACUCGUUUAGUAAAAGGUUUAGUAUUAGAUCAUGGGGCAAGACAUGCUGAUAUGCCGAAAAAAUUGAAAAACUGCUAUAUUUUAACCUGUAAUGUUUCUUUAGAAUAUGAAAAGACAGAAGUAAAUUCAGGAUUCUUCUAUUCUAAUGCUGCAGAUAGAGAAAAGUUGAUGCUUUCUGAAAGAAAAUUCACAGAUGAAAGAUGUAUGAAAAUAAUUGAAUUAAAAAGAAAAGUAUGUGAUGGAACUAAUAAAAACUUCGUCGUUUUAAAUCAAAAAGGUAUAGAUCCUAUUUGCUUAGAUUUGUUUGCUAAAGAAAAUAUUAUUGCUUUAAGAAGAGCAAAAAGAAGAAAUAUGGAAAGGCUUGUUCUUGCGUGUGGAGGAAAUGCUGUUAAUUCAGUUGAAGAAUUAACUGAAGAUGACCUUGGUUGGGCUGAAGAAGUACAUGAACAUACUUUAGGGGAUGAUAAAUAUACAUUUAUUGAAGGAGUUAAAAAUCCUAAAUCAUGCACUAUUUUAAUUAAAGGACCUAAUGAACAUACUAUUGCAAUGAUAAAGGAUGCUAUUAGAGAUGGUCUUAGGGCAGUUAAAAAUGCUAUUGAUGACAAAGGAGUUAUUCCUGGGGCCGGAUCUUUCGAAAUUUCUGCUUAUUGCAAUUUGUAGAAAUUCAAAGAUUCAGUUAAAGGUAAAGCUAAAAUGGGUGUUGAAGCUUUUGCAGAAUCAUUGCUUGUUAUUCCUAAAAUUAUUGCUGAAAAUUCAGGAUAUGAUGUUUAGGAUACUAUUCUUGAACUUAUUGAUGAAUAUAAAGAGAAAAAAAUACCAGUAGGUAUUAAUACUAUAGAAAAAGGAACAAUUUCUCCUAUUUAAUCUGGAAUUUAUGAUAACUAUAUUGUAAAGAAAUAAUUCCUUCAUAUGGCUCCUACUUUGGCUUAAUAACUUUUGCUUGUAGACGAAAUUAUGAGGGCUGGUAAGUAAAUGGGAGGAGGUGGUCCAGGUCAAAUGUGAGAUUAAUAUU